CGUACCCGGGACCUCCCCUUCGAUGACAAAGACAGAACUGUUGCACUUGUUGGUCUUCCGGGACCUCCCUUUCGAUGACGAAGACAGAACUGUGGCACUUGCUGUUUUUGGAAAAAAGAUGGUGGGGUAUCAUGCGUCCUACUAGUGAGUGGGCUAACUGGUAGGAUGGGAAUAGAGCAUAGCAGCAGCAGAGAUGGUGGCUCUGCUGCAGUAAGUCUUGCUGGAGUAGGGCUAAGGGGAUUGAUUGGGGGGUCUGCGAGUACAAGUGAAGUGGACGGGCACUAUCGAGCACCCCACGUGGAUCGAGAAUCCGGAGCUGCUGAAGGAGAUCUUUUUGGAUUCCUCUUUGGAUCGGUACGACCGGGUCGCCGUCAGUUGAUUGCACAGGAGCUCAUCGCACCGAUCGUGCAAUUGGUGGACGAUCUCUCGCCCGACAUCUACUUUCAGAGCGACAACAGUCCUGCUCCGUACAUUUUCGAGCAAUCCUUGGAUCCGUACCUUCAGUGGACUUCGUGCUUGGAGAAACCUAGGGACGAGGAUACGCUACCAUCGCGGCAGGAGUAUCUGAAGUUGUACGAGAUCAUCCCUUACGCCUUCUACCCGAUGGCAGAAGAACAAGUGAUUGACGACAACGACGACGAAGAAGAAAACGACGACGAGGAGACAUCGGAGGAGGGAAGCUAUAGUGAAUAUAGCGAGGGCGAGUUGAGUGAAGAGGAAGAAGAAGGAACCGGGUCCGAGUGGGAAGCCCCGCCGGAGGAAGUGACACGUAUGGGAACGGAGGCGGAAGAUCCGGAAGCGGCGCGAAAGCGCAAAGAGAUUGCCUCCGGAAAGCGCCAGCUGGAGUUCGCUAGCGAGGCUAGCCUGCGCAUCGGUAGCGAUCCGACCAGGGAUCCAGAGUCGCCGAGGCCCGAAGAUGACGACCCUGCAGCCGCCACCUCAAAUACUGUGCGACAGAGACGGCGCCGAUCCCCCUCCUCCUCCAGCCCUACCCGUCCCCCAGUUCGCCCACGUACCAAUGCGGGGGAUAGGCCUUCGACCUCGGAUGCUGCCCCGCCGACCCCUUGAUUUUCUCACCCUCGAGCAGAUCCGUACCCCCAUCACCUUCCCUUUCCAUCCUUUCCAUCCCCAUCUC